GAAAAAUAUCAAUAUACCGAUCAGUAUCGAUAAUCUAUAUCAUCGCAGCCAAUAAUAAAAUGUAUGUAUAGAACAUCACAAAGGGGAAGUCGCGCGUUUUACAACACAUAUACCUGAGGUCCAAAUACUCCAUAUCAGUAUCAGUUCGACAUUGGAACUGUGUACGUGAGAGUCGAGCAUCCUAUAUAUUGGAUAUUGUGAAGUGAAUUUGUCGUGUUUAAAAAUCUAAUUUUCCAAACAUGGCUGAAAACACCGAUCCCGAUUUAGUUUUGAGUGCGAAAGAUCUUCCAAUAUCGUUUCAUGUUAAAUAUUUAGGUUUCACUCCUUCAAAAGGUCUUUGGGGGAUAAAACACACUAGAAAACCAGUAGAUUACAUGGUAGAUCAAGCAAAACAGCUUCCUCCAGGAACAAUCGUUCCCGUUGUAAAACUUACAAUUACCAAAAAUGGUCUCACAUUUAAAUCCGAUGACAAAUUAAGUAAAAUUCCCGAAAAAAAGUACAGCGUCGACGUUAUAUCAUACGGAGUUCAAGAUUUAAUCUACACCCGCGUAUUUUGUAUGAUUGUUGUAACCGGAAAUGAUAUUAGAGACAGUAUUCCAUUCGAAUGUCACGCUUUCGUUUGCGAUUCGAAAAAUCAAGCUCGACAAAUUACUUACGCUUUGGCGGCAGCUUUUCAAGAUUACGGGCAACGGGUAAAGGAAGAAAGCAAAACCAAUCCCGCCCUUGCCAAAAAGAAGUUCGCCAUUGAUUUAAGAACACCCGAAGAACAACACGCGGAUGAAAAUGCCGAAACUGAAGCUUGAAGUUAAAAUAAAAAUUAAUAAAUAAGUUUAUUUAUUUAUCGGUUGCUGUUAAGUUUAUUUUUGGUAAACGAAUUGUGAUGUUUUAAUUACCAAAGUUAUUACGUUUCCAUGUCGUAAAUUAAAUUUAUCACUAAGAUAAAUUAAUAUUAAUAUAACGCGUUAAUUGGAAUGAUUAUUUGAAUCAUCCUAUUAUUUAAUCAUGCUUUAUUGGGUGUGACAAAAUGAUUGUAGCAAUUUCAGAUGAAAAGCUAAAUAAACAAGAUUAAGGAAUGUUAAAUAAAGUCAUUUUUAUAAUGGUUAAUGUUCGAUUGUUAUAGAUUAUCUUGUAAGAACAUCAUUUACGAUAUAAAUCGUUUAAUUUAAUUAAUUAAUUUAAUAAGUUCUUAUUCUAACAUUAUUAUUUUGGCGAUUUUGAGAUAAUAAAACCAAUUUUUAAACAAUCUAGAAAUUUUUCAUGAGUAAAUCACUUCGUCACAUCUUACAUAUUUAUUUUUAACUAUUAAUAAGGAAAGUAUUAACAAUUGCACGAAAUUAGAAAUUAAAAAAGUUGAAUCAAUAAAGUUUCAUAAAACAAA